AUGGAAGCACGCUGCCAAUGCGGACAGAUCCGCUUCGUGACGCCCCUCGCCGCGCCUCUCGCGCUGUACAUAUGCCAUUGCACGGAAUGUCGCCACCAGUCGUCCUCCACGUACGGCAUGACUGCCAUCUUUCCGUAUUUUGACAUUCGGCAGAAUGCACCCACUGCCGACGCCAUAGGCAUGUACAGUCGGGCCAACUCCACAGGGCGCACAGACGGGUAUUUUUGCACGAAAUGCGGGAGUCGUCUGGUACAUGUGUCCAUGUCUGCUCAGGACGUUCAGGAUGGGGAGAGCCGCGAGGACACGGUCAAGCCAGCGGCCAUGUUGAGCGUCAAGGCAGGUUGUCUGGAAGGGUUGAGUAAGGAGAUGAUGAGGAAGGCCAUCCACAUUUGGACGAAAUCUGCGGUCGUGGACAUUCCGGAGGGUGUGGAGCAGUAUGAGGAGGAGCCGCCGGGUGGGAGUUUCGCAGAGGAGUGA